UACAUAUAAACCUCAAUACAACAAUAGCAUUGACUACUCUCAUUUCAUCUCUGUGUAAUCACAAAGCACGAUCAUCACCUGGAAACUGGAAUUCGAUAGCGGAAACUCUCUCUACCUUCGCAACUACAGUGAUGGAGAACUCCGGGGACCACCAGGAGAUGGUUGUUCCACCAGUUGAAGGUGUUUCUGGUGGUGGGACAGCUUAUGGAUGGAGUGACACUGGUGUAAAUGAUCCAAGACCAUUAAGGGGGGCAAUCGAUCCUACAAAAGUUCCAUCUUUGGAGUUAUUGAAUGUGUGGUGCAUGCCAAACACUGCUAAUGUCGGACCACAAGACAUGCCUCGUGAAUUAGAAUCUAUAUCACUAUUAGCAGCAAGAAAUGAAAGAGAAAGCAUUCAGAUUGCAAUAAGCCCAAAAGUUUCUUGGGGUGGAUCUGGAAUUGCUGGAACUGUGCAGGUUCAGUGUACUGAUCUCUGCUCACCCUGUGGUGCUAGAUUGGCAGUUGGCCAGUCGCUGACAUUGCGCAGAGUAGUACCCGUUUUGGGAAUUCCUGAUGCACUUGUUCCACUUGAUAUGCCUGUCUGCCAACUGAACCUUUUUCCUGGAGAAACUACAGUAAUUUGGGUAUCAAUAGACGUCCCGAUUGAACAGACACCAGGUCAAUAUGAGGGAGAAAUCAUCAUUUCCGCCUCCAAAGCUGAAGCAGAAUCUACAAACCAAUCCCUGAGCAAACUGGAGAAGCAUCAAUUAUACAGAGAACUGAGAGACUGUCUUGAUACUGUGGAGCCCUUAGAGGGGAAACCAUUGGAAGAAGUGGUAGAAAGGGUCAAGUCUGCAACUUCAUCUUUAAGAAGAGUUCUUCUAUCCCCAUUGUUUUCUGAUUUCUUUUCAGAUAAUGGGCCCAUAGAUAUGAUGGAAGAAGAUGCUAUUUCUAGCCUUUCAAUCCGUUUGAAAAUAAGUUUGACAGUCUGGGACUUUGUGCUUCCAGACCCUUCUGUCCCUGCUGUGAUUGGUAUAUCUGAUACUGUUAUUGAAGAUCGAUUUGGGGUUGAGCACGGAAGCAAUGAAUGGUUUGAGCUGUUAGAUCAGCAUUUCAAAUGGCUACUUCAGUAUCGAAUUAGUCCAUACUUCUGCAGGUGGGGCAACGGCAUGCGAGUUUUGACAUACACCUCACCAUGGCCAGCUGACCAUCCAAAAUCAGAUGAGUAUUUCUCUGACCCUCGUCUUGCGGCAUACGCUGUACCUAAUGGUCCAAUAGUCCCUUGUGGCGAUACUGCAAAGGACUACCUACGAAGGGAGGUAGAGAUACUAAAAACAAAAAACCAUUGGAGGAAAGCAUACUUCUAUCUGUGGGAUGAGCCUCUUAACAUUGAACAAUAUACUUCCCUCCGCCGCAUGGCCAGUGAUAUUCAUGCCUAUGCACCUGAUGCUCGUAUUCUGACAACUUAUUAUUGCGGACCAAGUGAUGCACCUCUUUCUACAAAUAACUUUGAGGCUUUUCUGAAAGUUCCUGCAUUCCUACGUCCUCAUACUCAGAUAUAUUGCACAAGCGAAUGGGUUAUUGGUAACAGAGAGGAUCUGGCGAAGGAUAUUAUCGCGGAGAUACAAACAGAAAACGGAGAGGAGUGGUGGACAUAUGUAUGCUUGGGACCAGGUGAUCCUCAUCCCAACUGGCACUUGGGGAUGCGAGGCACUCAACACCGUGCUGUGAUGUGGCGUGUGUGGAAAGAAGGUGGAACAGGUUUCUUAUAUUGGGGUGCCAACUGCUAUGAGAAAGCAACAGUUCCUAGUGCUGAGAUUAAGUUCAGGCGUGGCCUUCCUCCAGGUGAUGGAGUUUUAUUCUACCCUGGUCAGGUGUUCUCAUCAUCUCAGCAACCUGUUGCUUCUCUGAGACUAGAGAGGCUCUUGAGUGGCUUGCAGGAUAUUGAGUACCUCAAGCUGUACGCUUCAAGAUAUGGUAGGGAUGAAAGCCUCAACCUUUUGGAGAAGACAGGAAUGUAUCUAGGGCCUGAGCGCUACACUUCGGAACACAGACCUAUAGAUGUCAUGAGGGGUGAGGUUUACAGGACAUGCCAAUCCUAGAUUUGAUGCUCGAGUUUGAUGACACCCAUCUGUAUUUGUGUAAAGCAUCUCAAGCAUAUCGGUUUGUAUGAUGUAUAUUUAUAGAUUUGAGAAACACUCUUGGGUUAUACAUCUCAAUCAUAUUUACUAGGUCAAAACAGAGUAUAUUUAAGUCAGUUUGCCCAGAUCUGUACAUAUUAUCAUGUUCAAGUAAUAGUAGUAAAUGCAUGGUACCGCUGUAA